AGUGCCAGCAGAUGCUCCAGCAUGCCACAUCCUGUUGGGAUACAUUGUAUCCAUCUCUGCCUGCGGGAGAGCGGCUGAUCAGCACCAGUGAGUUCAUUACAAAUAAAAUCACCAUAACAACAAGAAGAAUGGCAAACUGUGCUGGCUGUACAUGGAAUGUUGGGACCAGUACUCUGUAUAACUGUGCAUUACACACACUGCAUGGUGAGAGUUGUAAGAUACUCCUCACAGCUACAGCAUCAAACACUGUAUUACAUGAUUCUGUGGUUAGAACUUCCCUGCAGCCACUUUCCCAUAGGACUAGAUGUUCUUGUCUUGGUUAUUUUGUUUUAGUCUGUAUCAUCUUGUGUAUGUUGUUUCCAGUCUCUGUUAUGGCAGAGUGGGAUCCACUGGCACCAAUUACAGACUAUAAAGAAGCUGUAAACCAGCAAGCAGCUGUAGCAGCCUGGCCAGAUCCAAGUGUAGAAGAAAGCAUCCAACCCAGGGAUCCUGACAUCCAUAGUUAUGGUCAGGACAGCAGCUCAGUGGAAUCCCAUUUUUUCCUGGAAGAUAAUUUGGUACUGUCCUCUGAUCAGUGGGACCAGUCAUCAUUUCAGCCCUCCAGUGUGUUUUCUGCUGCUGAUAUGGGGGCAAUAAUUGCAGACUCGUACAGGGGUCCAGGCAAUAGUGACACAAGAAGCAAUAAAGAGUUACCCAUUCUUUUGUGGUGGAGUGAAAACCUUUUCCCCCAUUUCCCAGGGCAUACUGAGAGGAUUGACUGUCCACACAGCUCUUGCAUGGUGACAAAAAGCAAGAGUGUGAAACUUCACAAGAGGACUAAAUCCAUUAUCUUUUAUGGAACAGACUUCAGGGCUUACGAAGCACCUCUACCCAGGCUGCCCCAUCAGACUUGGGCAUUGUUUCAUGAAGAAUCUCCAAUGAAUAACUAUGUCCUGUCACAUUUGCCUGGAAUAAGGCUGUUUAAUUACACUGCCACCUUCAGGCGGGAAUCUGAUUAUCCUCUCACCUUGCAAUGGCUGCCCACCAUUGAUUACUUGUCGAAUCCAGCCAUUCCUUUAGAAGAGAAAAAUAGGUGGCGUGAGAAUGGCUAUGCUCCUGUGCUGUACAUGCAGUCGCACUGUGAUGUCCCUUCAGACAGAGACCGAUAUGUGGAAGAAUUAAUGAGAUACUUGCAGAUUGAUUCAUAUGGCCAGUGCUUGAACAACCGUCAGUUUCCGAACAAGAGACUCGAGGACACUUCCACUGCCACAACUGAAGACCCAGAAUUCAUGGUGUAUACAGCCAGGUAUAAGUUUCACUUGGCUAUGGAGAAUGCUAUAUGUACUGACUACAUGACAGAGAAACUAUGGCGCCCAAUGCAUUUGGGAGCAGUUCCAAUUUAUCGGGGCUCACCUUCUGUGAGAGACUGGAUGCCCAACAACCAUUCACUUAUAGUGAUUGAUGACUUUGCUACUCCAAAAGAACUUGCAGAAUUCAUCCUUUUUCUCGACCAGAAUGAUGAAGAGUAUCUUAAGUUUUUAGACUACAAGAAAUCUGGAGGGAUAACCAACACCUUCUUGAUAGAAAGUAUGGAACAGAGAGAGUGGGGAGUGAACGACAUGACCGUACCCAAUUACCUCAAUGGCUUUGAGUGCUUUGUCUGUGACAAAGAGAAUGCUAGAAUCACAGCAGAAAGGAUGAAUAAGAAAACACGUGGGAAAAGUCCACCACCAGAGCCACACAUUGCUGAUAACACUCAUAUGGCCUGUCCUAUGCCAGUCCCUGGUCUUGGGGCGGCCGAAGACCUUCCAGAGACGGACAGCUGGAAGCAAAUGUGGCUCCAAGAUUAUUGGCAGAGCUUAGACCAAGGAGAAGCACUAACAGCAAUGAUUCAUCGAAAGGAAAAAAACAAUGACAGGUUUUGGGACUUUAUGCAUGAGAUGUAUAUAAAAAGAAGCAUGAACCACUGAACUCACAAUACAUGUGUAUUUUUAUGCCAAAAAAACUUUUUUAUAGUGCCAAAAAUUUCAAAACCAAUUUCUGACCUCAUUCAUGAUUACUUGGAAGGAAAGCCAUUAUAUGUGACUUGUGCAGAUAUGGUUUAUACCAUAUUCACCAUGUUCAAGAUUUCAUUUACUAUAUGAAGAUGUGCUUUAAGCAAGAACUUUGAACCGAAGAGCUCAGCCUUUGUAAAACAACUAGCACGUUUCAGCUUUGACAUUUUGUAUUUAUUUUUUUAUGACCUGGUACAGCUAAAAUCAUUUUUCAUAGUAUGAGUGAAACAAAAGAUUAACUUCAGCCUGCAGUUAUUAGAACACUAUAAACAAACAUGUAAUACUGACACUAUAUGCAUCAAUGCAUCUCUAUGGGGUAACAUUCAGCGCCUCCAUGCAGGGUAUGGAGACGAUGAACAUCAGUGCUGCACAAUGUGCAACACUGACACUGGAAGCACCUCUUGUAGUUGUCUGCGUGAAUGCCAGUAGAGGUGUAACUAAGCAGCAAUGUAAACACUGCCUUUUCUAUGAAGAGGCAGUACUUACACUGCUAAGGCUGCAGAGACAUGCUAUACACACCAGAAUAACUACAUAAAGCUGUAGUGGUUAUGGUGACUAUAAUGUCCCUUUAACAAAGCAUUAUAUACAUUGGAAGGGGUGAGAUGCCUGGCUUCUAGUCCAUGGGGAUCAAUAAGGAAAAACAAAAAAUAUGGAUAAGUAACUUAGACCUCUUUCACACUA